AUGACGGUCACACGCACCCAAGCAGGAAAGACGCCUAGAAAAACGGUCUACCCUGACUAUGUCGAGACCCCGGGCACCUAUCGGAAGCCACGCACACGAAAGGCGGUCGUUGCUACAGAGGACCCCGAUCUACAAGACAUAUCCACGGGCUCAGAAGACAUCAUCGCCGGGGGCAACGGCACAAGUAAACGCAAGCGGAAAUCUACUGCCGCCGUCAACAAUAAAGCUCAGGAACUUGUGAAUGGUUAUGCUAAUGGCCAUGCCAACGGCCAUGCUAACGGCCAUUUCAAGACACAGCCAAAUGGAGAUGGAACUAUCGGCAAGCCAGCUCAUGAACAGGCUGUCCCGCCUGCGCAGUUGGUGGACGGCUGGCAACCCGGCAUGGACCCCAAGAUCGACACAUCUGGUCACUUCGAAUUUGGCGGGCCAUGGGGAGUAACAGCCAUGAUGAUCGGUUUCCCACUCCUCAUGUAUUAUAUGUGGAUUGGGGCAACAUACUACGAUGGUCAGCUACCGAUGCCGAAAGAAGGUGAGAGUCUGGGAGAGUUCAUCCGUGGGCUCGUUCGGAUGGCCUACUCUGGUGCUUGGCCAUCUGCGAAGGCCUGGGCAAUGUACUGGACCUUUCUCAUCUUCGAAGGAGCUUGUUAUUGCUUGAUGCCUGGUAUCUGGACCAAAGGCAAGCCGCUACCCCACGAGAAUGGCCGCCGACUGGAUUACUACUGCUCCGGAAUGUGGUCGUGGUGGACGACCAUCAUCGUGGCUCUCGGCCUACACUUUUCUGGUGUCUUCAAACUGUACCAGAUCAUUGAUGAGUUUGGACCGCUCAUGUCCGUGGCCAUUCUUUCGGGCUUCCUCGUGUCUAUUGUUGCCUACUUUUCGGCCAUCUAUCGUGGCAAGCAGCAUCGUAUGACCGGGAGCUUUCCGUACGACUUUUUCAUGGGUGCCGAACUCAAUCCACGCAUGUUCGGGAUCCUCGAUUUCAAGAUGUUCUUCGAAGUCCGCAUGCCCUGGUUCAUCCUCUUUCUCACAACAUUGGGAACAGCCGCCCGACAAUAUGAACGAUACGGCUACGUCUCUGGGGAGGUGGGGUUCCUUCUCAUGGCCCAUUUCCUGUACACCAACGCAUGCAGCAAGGCCGAAGAGUUGAUUGUCCCUACCUGGGAUAUGUACUACGAAAAAUGGGGGUUCAUGCUCAUCUUCUGGAACUUGGCCGGCGUGCCUCUCACCUACUGUCAUUGCACCGUCUAUCUCGCAAACCAUGACCCAAGUACCUACACCUGGAACAAAUACGCUCUUGCCGCUCUGUUCGUGGUAUAUUUGUUCGUCUAUUGGGUAUGGGACACUACAAACAGCCAGAAAAAUCGGUUCCGGGCCAAAGAAAAUGGCGGUCUCGUUCUUCGCAAGACAUUCCCCCAGCUACCCUGGCAAACGGUCGAAAAUCCCAAGGUCAUCAAAGCGGAAGGCGGCGGCACGAUCCUGGUAGAUGGAUGGUAUGGCUAUGCCCGCAAAAUCCACUAUACCUGCGAUCUGUUCUUCGCGUUGUCCUGGGGGGCAGUGACCGGCUUCCGGUCUCCUUUCCCGUGGUUCUACCCGGUCUUCUUCAGUGGGAUGAUUGUACAUCGAGCGCUUCGGGACAUUGAGCGUUGCCGCAAAAAGUAUGGGAAGGCAUGGGAAGAGUAUGAAAAGCGGGUGCCUUACCUGUUUAUUCCUGUUGGUCUCCGUCAUCCUUACAUUGAGCAGCGCACUAACAAUUUACCAUCCGGCCAUGGUCACCUGUCGGCAAUUUACGGCAGCUAG